AUGAUUGGCGAUCUAUUUGCCAAGUCAUUGCACUCAGUUAAAGACCUCUCGAAGACCGAUGAUGUUGACCUCUACGUAUUCGGCUCAAAAGUUCCAAAAGUCGUGCUAUCUAAUAUUCAGCAAUUGAACCUCAUAGCCAGACAGCUGUGGAAACUAGACAACGAUAGCAUUUCCUACUUUAUCGGCAAGUAUGUUGAUAGCUUGUUCACAAGAGAGAGCUACAGUCACCACAAAGUUCACGAGAAAAUUCAAACGGCAAGCUUUAUAAUUGACAUGCUGUUUCGCUUGGUAUUGAACAAGGGCCGUAUGAAUUGGAAGUCGUUUGUGGAGACUAAUUCGAUUCUGGACAAUUAUACAAUCCGGAAAUCACAGUAUUGUCAUGGUAGAGAUUUCAAGACGGGGCAAAGUUUGAUCAAAGUUAUGGACUCCACAGUUAGUGGGCUAGCAGAUAAACUCCUAACAGGCCACGUUCCACGCUAUAGAUGCAUUCAAAAUGACCAAGAAGAAAUUGGAUUGGAAAAGCUGAAGCUUGUGUGCUCAAAACUAGAAGACGAGGGUUAUAUCACAAAAUAUUCUGAUCCUGUGAAAACCAGAAGUAUGGUGUCGCGCGAGGACGCGUUGGAGCGGGUUCGACUACAAGCUACUGUGCGGACCAAAAUGUGGAUGGUACAUAACCUAGUCUCAGCCAAUCCACAUCUAAUUGACAAAGUGCUUGAAAAAUAUUACACGGAUUAUGAUACGGAUAUACCGCCUGCACUGAUUCAUCAAAUGAUGAUCUGCAUCAUGGAGUCAAAGAUCAGCUUCUCAGAAAAGCUUCAAGUUUACAGGUAUCUCGACAAACUGGCACUGCUGCUGAGUCAUAGGUCAACUUAUUAUGUCAAAUACCGGAGACAGAAAAGGGCAACAGAAGUGUUGAUUGACAAAAUCAUCAGCGAUUCAUGGAAAGAGGGCUAUAAUCAUAAACUGCUUAUCAGUACCCUCAAGAAAAAGCAGUAUCUGAAAUUCGAGGACCAAUCACCUAAGUGGUCCGCCAUGCUGGAAAACAUGAAAUCUAAUAAAGACGGAUUCUGGAAAGAAAAACACAGAUAA